AAAAGAUUGUUGGGUGGGUUGUGAGGUGGUUUUUUCUUCUCCGCUACUCCGCUGCCGCCUUCCUUGAGAACCUCGUUUCCCCCCCCCGCCUUCUUCCCCUACCACCCCUCCUUCAUCACACACCUUCUGGAACCAUCAGAGACCGAUACCUACAGCGACAUUGGAAGGAAGUCACAGCGUCUUACAGCGGGCUGCCCCUCCACUCUCCGAGAUAAUCGACUAAGGGGAAGUGGACCAAGACCUGACUGAGCAAAGAGAGGACAAACCCAAUCGAUUCUCCGGUUUCCGGAGUCACCUGCGCUCCCAUGGGAGACGAUAAGUGCCACCCUAGCACUGAAGCGGAAUCCUCUCAACCGGGGACCGCUUCUGCCACGCUGCCAGCGUCUGAACCAAGCCCGGGCCACAUUGUGGCCGAGGAGCAGGCCUCCGCAGCAGUACCGCAAGAGCCGCAAGACGGGCGAUCCGCGGGCGCCCAGCCGUUCUUCACGGUCGACAUGGCACAUCAGCCGCAAGCAGCGCCGUUUGACAUGAGUGCCAUGGGUCACGCUCUGCCACAGAGUCCCUACCGAGGACAACCCUAUAGCCAUGUCGGGGCCCGAUAUAUGGGCUUUGCCCAGAUGGCUCCGGCCCAGUACGGAACACCCAACGGCAUGGGCGCCAUGCCUCCACAGCCAUACUACGCCUCGCCGCACAACCCCAUGGCGUCCUUCUACCAGUCGCCCAUGUCGGCGCAGCCACCGCCCACGAUACCGCCGAGACCCGAUUUGGGGUACUACACCCCGCCGUUGGUUAUGAACCAGACGACCCCUGCGGGGCAGCAUUUCUACUACCAGCCAGGGCCUGCCUAUUCGGCGCCGACGCCCCAAUUCCCGGGGCAAGUAGCGCUUGGGC